AUGGCCUCUCAAACCGUGAUUACGGUCCAGCCCCAGUUCUCGGCUGCCCAGCAGCGCGGGGAGUGGCAGACGGGGCUGAUGGACUGCUGCUCCGACUGCGGCGUGUGUCUCUGUGGGACGUUCUGCCUCUGCUGCCUGAGCAUCCAAGUGGCCGGGGACAUGGACGAGUGCUGCCUGUGUGGGAGCAGCGUGGCCAUAAGGACCCUGUACCGCACCAGAUACAACAUCCCGGGCUCCAUCCUGGGAGACUUCUGCGCUACCUGGUGGUGCACGCCGUGUUCGCUCUGCCAGCUGAAGAGAGACAUCAAGCGGAGGAGGGAGAUGGGCAUAUUCUGAUGCUGCCAUCUUCAGUGCACACCGUGGAGCCGCUGCAGGCAGGAGCUGCUGCUGCCCUGGAUGUGGGGACAUGCACCGUGAGGAG